CAGCAUAAUCUUUUAUUACAGCAUCCCCUACCGACGAGUUUAUCGAAAUACCUUUACAUUAUUUCAAAUUUUCAACGCUUGUCGAAUUAUUUUGAAAAUAUGAUUUCUAAGACAAUACGGGUCCUCGUUGAGGACAUACUUGAACCAACCGUUGCAACGUAGCUAACUGACGUUGCUGCGUCACUUUUUAGGUUUUAAACAUGUCGGCUGACUAAAACUCAUCAGGAAUGUUUUCAACCGCGAGUUUCAUCUUUUCUACCCGUCCAACAACUUCCCAGACGGUGUGUUAUGGUUAAGUAAUGUCUGAAAAGUAUUGACAGUUGUUUAUUAUUAAUCAGUUUGGGUCACUCCAGCGCAUUUCUCCAAAUGUCCAGAAGAUGGCGGCGUUGCAAAAGCCACGAGACGAUGACGGUGCGUGUCGGAGGAGGAGGUGGGAUUUCCUCUCCUCCUGCUCAGCAUCAUCCUACUCUUCACAGGGAUGUAUCGGCGUGCCGUGCACCUGUUUUAUGUCUUAUUUGGGUCAUCGCCCGCUGACAUGCUCCGUUUCAACCAGUGUCUCCAAUAGCCACACGAAAAGGUUCCGACGACCUGUUCGGUGGAGCCGGGAGGCCUCGAUUGAUCUGCUUUCUUUCGGGGCGCAGCCGUGAGACAGCAUCUUUGCCGGGUGACACAUCAUUAUCAGUGCGAGUGGACAAGCCCGACAGGACGCCAUGUCGGACAAAAGUGACCUAAAAGCGGAGCUGGAGCGCAAGAAGCAGCGUCUCGCCCAAAUCAGAGAGGAGAAAAAGAGAAAGGAGGAGGAGAGGAAGAAGAAAGAGGUAAGAAAAAAAUCAGAGAGCCAGCAGAAGAGGGAGAUGACCCCAGAGGAUUCAGACUUAGACCGUAAGCGCAGAGAGACUGAGGCCCUGCUGCAGAGUAUCGGCAUCUCACCGGAGCCUCCUCUAGUCCCGACCCCUGUGUCCCCAUCCAAAUCAGUGAGCACGCCCAGCGAGACGGGGAGCCAGGACUCAGCUGAUGGAGGAGCAGCAAGCAGGUCAGGUUUCUCUAAAAACAAGUCCCCAGCACAGAUCUCAAGGACGCUGCAGUGGGACACAGACCCGUCUGUGCUGCAGCUGCAGGCUGAUUCUGAGCUCGGGCGCAGGAUGCUGAGGCUGGGGGCCUCUAAGAUCACACAGGUAGACUUCCUUCCCAAAGAGGUGGUCUCCUACUGCAAGGAGACACAGACGCCGCUCACCGCCCACCUGUCUGAAGAGGAGGAAGAGGAAGAUGAGGAGAUGAUGGAGGCGAAGCCGGGCCCCGAGUCGGAGCAGCCAGAUGAUGACGAGAACAGGGAAACCAAAGAAGGCUCAUUUCCUGUUCUGCGGGAGCUGACGGAGGAAGAGAGGCAGCAGAUCCUGCACUCCUCUGAGUUUCAGAGCUUUUUCGACAGCAGCAUCCGGGUGAUGGAGAGAGCUCUGGCCGAAGACGGUGACAUCUUCUUUGACUACAGUGGCCGAGACGUGGAGGACAAAGAGGGAGACUCGGGCAGUGGCUCCAGUUUGUCCUUAAGCAGAUUAUUCUAUGAUGAACACUGGUCGAAACAUCGUGUGAUCACCUGCCUUGACUGGUCCCCUCAGUAUCCAGAGUUGCUGGUUGCCUCUUAUAACAAUAAUGAAGAUGCUCCUCAUGAACCGGAUGGUGUUGCCCUAGUGUGGAACAUCAAAUUUAAGAAGGCCACGCCAGAGUACGUCUUUCACUGUCAGAAGCUGCUUUCAUCUGCUGGAAGAAUAGGGAUCUGUGUGUGUGCAUAUUUUGCAUAUUCUCCUGUAGUAUCUGUGGGCUUCGCCAGGUUUCAUCCCAACCUGGUGGUGGGGGGGACAUACUCGGGACAGAUCGUCCUGUGGGACAACCGCAGUCACCGCCGGACCCCCGUCCAGAGGACUCCUCUGUCAGCAGCUGCACACACUCACCCAGUGUACUGCGUAAACGUGGUCGGCACCCAGAAUGCCAACAACUUGAUCACUGUGUCUACAGACGGCAGGAUGUGCUCCUGGAGUCUGGACAUGCUCUCCCAGCCGCAGGAGACCAUGGAACUUGUGUACAAUAAAUCCAAACCUGUGGCGGUGACAGGCAUGGCUUUUCCCACGGGAGACGUUAACAACUAUGUGGUGGGGAGUGAGGAGGGCACUGUGUACACUGCAUCCAGGCACGGCAGUAAGGCAGGUAUCUGUGAGAUGUUCGAGGGCCACCAGGGGCCCGUGACCGGCAUCAGCUGCCACAGUGCCGUGGGCACCGUCGACUUUUCCCACCUCUUCAUCACAUCCUCCUUCGACUGGACCGUCAAACUCUGGAGCACCAAGCACAACAAGCCUCUGUACUCGUUUGAGGACAACGCAGACUAUGUCUAUGACGUAAUGUGGUCGCCCGUGCAUCCUGCGCUGUUUGCCGCCGUGGAUGGGAUGGGCCGCUUAGACCUGUGGAACCUCAACAACGACACUGAGGUACCAACAGCCAGCGUGACCAUCGAGGGCGCAUCGGCCCUCAACAGAGUCCGCUGGUCGUCAGGAGGGAAGGAGGUGGCUGUGGGCGACUCUGAAGGCCGAGUGUGGAUCUACGACACCGGAGAGCUGUCCAUGGCUCACACUGACGACUGGGGCCGCUUCGCCCGGACGCUGAUGGAGAUCCGUGCUAACCGGGCGGACGGCGAGGAGGAGGGGCCUAUGGAGCUGGCUUCAUAGAGCAGCACUCCACACCAAAGCGGAGGGACUCAGAGACCUGGCGUGCUUUCAUCGGUGUCACUGUAGCAUGUGCACUCGGUUUAGUUUGGUUCCUUCACCUUCAUGUACAGCUCCUGUCUGCUCAAAACUGUGUUUUUGCAUUUACCCCCCUGUAGAUGCAAACUGUGUGUUGAUGGGUGAACUGUUGACCUCCACUGAUUUGUCCGCCCCUUAUUUAUUCGUUUAACGACUUGAGGUGAUGUGUUGCUUGCACCUGGUGAGCCUACAGUGUAUACAGCGUGGCAGUCUUAUAGCCUUAUGAAGAUGUGUGUACUGUAACGAUGCUUUGCACUACUGUAAAAUGAGAGCAGGGUCCAUAGACUAGUCAUGUAAUGUUUACAAAACGUCACGUUCACUUUCUGUUGUGCUUCUUUUCUCUGUAUUCUGCCUGCAUGCGACACAAUCCUGAAAUAUUCCAGAUGCAUAAUCAUGGAGGUUGUUGUGGUGACGUUUCCACAGGUGGGGCUUCGUGGCUGCUUUAUGUCAGUGUAUCAGGGGAAGUGUGAUAUCAGCACUUUGUCUUUUGUUCUUAAUGAGAGCGACGACUGUAUAUUCUUUAAUGAGCUGUAACGAUUAUCAAGAGAUAUAUUGUGCCGCAGAGCGCUCGCUGUCCAACCUGCUAUGUUUAAUAUUAAAGCGUAGCUAAUGAUGAAAUAAAAACUCCAGCAAACAUCA